GGAGUCAGAUGAUGAAGAGCGUCUCUUCUUCUUCGAUAGUGCGCCUCCGUCUCUCAACAGAGAAUUGGGCAUCAAUCCUCCAGACGAGGAAACUGAACUCUUAUGAACAUGAACGUUUUUUACGACAGACCCUAAAUAAGACGAGUUGAGCAGAUCUUCCGAUUUUUAUAGAUACUAAUACUUGUUUGACCACUACCACAUCAUGAUCAUCCUUUUUUGAUUCCAUUUCCGAUGUACAUAUUCUGUUUUCUUCAUGCUUGGAAGACGACGACGAUGACUGGCAGGCAGCUCCACGGGACGAGGAAAGCGUGAUGUUGCCGAUGACGG